AUGCCUCGAAAGCGUGGUGUGGGCUGUUUCGGAUCUCGCUCAAACCACCCCGAAAUUCGCUAUGGCAUCGACCAUUCAAAGGGAAUGCAGACUCUUCAGGAGUUUUCACAGCCGAUGCCUGAAGAAAGCGAACUCAAUGCUAAGUUCGCAGAGAUUGUGGUAAGUGAAUAGAGACUUAAAGUUUACGCUGGAAUUGUUUCUCCAAAUUGGAGAAGUUAUUCAGCUUCAUGGUCAUUCUUUUCUUUGACAUUUGUCAAGGAGGCGUAGGCAAGUAUUUCGAUUAGAUUUGUUAUUUAUAAUUCUUACAUCCACGUGUCAGAGGCCAAAAUAUGGAACUUUCUCGAACCUUAUUGGAUCAAUAGUUUUUCUUUCCUCUCGGAAGAAUAAUGAAAUAGAGAAGAACAAAUUCAUGCCUUGAAGAUUCCACGGAAUUAUUCCCAAUGGACUUGAAUUAAGUGCUUUUAGCAUUACAGAUCGUCGUUCCUUUCACUUCGUACUAGUACUUCAAUAGAUCUAUACAGUUCAUUUAUAAGUCUUAUCUAAUAUGUAAUAUUUGAAAUUUCUGACGCGAAAUUUGCCUAUAUGUCCCUCUUAGAAGCAAUCUGCUCUGACUAAUUCUACUGGAGUCAAAUUUCUCCAAUUCCAUGUCCCUGACAAUUGUUUAUGUUAAUAAAUUUAUCCUGCGACCUCAAAAUCAUUUCCGACUUUUUAUGAAUUCAGCUUGCCAAUGAAGUUAUGUAUCCUGACAUUGAUUUCGUUGUGAUUAAAUCUUUGAUUAGUUAUUGUGAGCAUUGCCUUUCGAGUAUAAAAAUCCGUCGAUCAUGCGAAUUGAUCAUUCUAAAUGUCUUGAUUUCUAAAUAGAAAAUCGAUAUUCCUUUCGCGUGCAUUCGACCUCUUCCACUCGAUCAGUUCUUCCUUGAAAAGAAUGUUUUUAUUCGCUUCGCUCUAUUUUUCACGAGUUCCAAAAUCAGUUAUUAAUAGCAUUUCUUCUCGUUUCUUCCUAAAAAUAAAGCGCAACUGUUGUGAACACGGGAGGUCUGUUGUCUGAUUCUUUAAAUCGCGUCAAGUAAUUUUGUAGUGGUGUACAAUUUUAGUCAACAUUUGUUGAACCGCCGACGAUAUUCUAGAAAACUUGUUUAGAAUUAAAAUGGCCAAAAUAAACCACACAAAUGUAUCAAUUUAAGGAACAAGGGAAGGAUGAGCAUUGCUUUUAAUUUAAUACAAAUAUUUCGUAUCAGAACAGUGUCGAUCUCGAUUAUUUUUUAUCAAUAUUUGUCCGCGUUUUAUUCAUGUUCUUCAGGAAGAGCUUGACCUCACUGCAGUUCACAAGAAGGCCAUGUUUGAAUUACCUCCGGAGAAAAAAUGGCAGCUCUAUUUGUCUAAAAAGAAGGUAAGAUCUGGAUUUUUCUUUCCUUCCGAUACCUGUUGAUUCACUCCUUGAUAUUGGAGGACUUCGUAUUUACACAAUAUUAAUUCAGCAAUGUUAAUUUUUAAUGAGGUCCGCGCUUGACGACGUAGGCCGGUGAUACGCAUACGCAAGUCCUAAUAACUACAUACAGCUAUCGCUUUGGUUUUUUUUUUUUUUUUGUAAUAGUGCUAUGUUAUGCUGAAUAUUCAAACCAACACACAAGUGCUAAAUAAAUAUUCAAAAGUGGAAUUCUUGGAAAGUAAAAGGAUUUUGGAGUUUAACAUGAAAGUUUUUUGAAUAACCCAAAUUUAUGAAUUACUCAUUUGCAUUUUCGAGGUGCUUCAGUAAUUGCUCAAGAUUGCAGCUGUUUGGAUUUUUCAAAACACUUUUCAUCACUAAACUUGGGCAAACAAAAAUAUUAUGCACUUUCAUUUUUUGAUUUGUUUGUAUGGCACACUACAAGUUUUAUCAAGAAGACCAAAAAUGAUUAACAUUUGGUAUAAUGUUGAGAAAUAGAAGUAUUAUGGUAGUGAUUGUUCAUCCAGUGUAUUCUUUUAAAAUCCAAAUAUAUUGUUCAAGGGCUUUUCUCUUUUUUUGUGGUCAGACGCAACAUUGUCUACUUUUAAACCAUCUGGUCUAAAGAAUUAAAGUUCCUCUGAAAAAUAGGUUUUUACUUUCUUUGCUUCAAAGUAUCAAGGUUUCUCUAAAAUAUCUAUAUUUAAUUUCUCUGCCACAAAGUCCUUGUCAAGAUUAAGUAAAAAAAUCUCCUUUUUCUAUUUUGCCCAUUGUGAUUAGAUUCCACUUCAAUCAUCAUUGGUCAUUAAAUCUUGGAUUUUUUAGAUGUCUUUGCCAUCUUUUGGACAGAAUAUUUUGAAUGUUAAGCAUGUUUAUUUUUUUCUCUCUUGAAGCCUCCAGGCUUAAGCUUGUUAACUAACCAUCUGAGCCAUUUAAAAAUAUAAUUUCAGAGACUGAAAUAUUUUCUAACCCAUGCUUUAAGAAAAAAUGUAUUACAAUAACAGUACUGAUUUUAAAAUGAUUAUUCAAUCAAAUUAAUAUGUUUGUCAAUAAAUGGUGAAGUUGUCUAGUGCAACUGAUAUCAUUCAUCACAAAUAAUUAUUGUGAAUAUAGAAUUCUUGACCUCUAAAACAAUAGUGAUCCAAAUCAAAUAGCUUUUUUAACCUAUUUUAGCUGGUUCAGUAGCCUUGAAUUUCAAUCUUACUUCCUCCCCUGUAUACAAUUUGAUGUAAGAGGUCACACUUAAUAGAAGAGCUGAGGAGUGAAAUUGAAUGACAUAGUUUUUUUUUAUAGACAGACUGUCUAGUGGUUUGAUAUCAGAAUAUUGACUUGUCAUGCAUGAACAGUUCCAAGGUUGUGUGCUUGGGAUUCAAUGUAGCUAAACAUAAAUACAUGUAUAGAUCGGUAAAUACUCUUUGAGAACUUUUUAUGGUAAUGUUACCACAUGCAUAUACAGUACAGUUGUCAUUUUGUAGCACAGUUUUAUCAUCAAGAUAAUUGCAAUCAAUGAUUCCUCAAGUAACUUUCUUUUCAAGUUUUGUUAUGAUUUUAAAGUUAAAUUAUUUUCAUUUAUUGUUCAAGAGCAAAGGAAAAAUUAAAAGAAAGCCGAGUCCAGGGAUAAAUUACUUUCUUUAUGAUCUCUCCAAGAGAAGUACUAUAUCCUCAGCUUAUUGUGUAAUAUUUUACAUACAUGGUUAAAGCAGCACAGGUUACCCAUUCGAGGGGCUUUUGUCUUAGAGAUCUGGGUGCUCAUCUUUCAGAAAGUAGGGUCACACAAUCUGUAUAUGUGGUGACUAAGCUGUGCUAGAGCAUAACCUAGUAUUUCUGAAGAUUUAUAGAAGAAUUUUCUGCAAUUAACAAAUAGCGUUGAUUUGGCGCAAUUCUGUACAUUGUACAGUUCUCUAAAGAAUUCCUUCUAUAUGCCAAAGCAGUGAUUUGUAUAUUUUCAUGGUUGUCGUUACAUGUAUUUACUGGGCAACAUGUUCACCAUGGCAGUUUUUUAAUCUCAAGGCGGGUUGUUUAUCGUAAUUCUUUUGUUUGAAAUUUUUAAUUGUAUUGUGUGGAUUUUACUGUUUAAAGUUUGAUUUUAACUUAUCACAGAAAAUUGACUUACAUACAUGUACAGAUACAGAGAUCAACAUUGUUGAUUUUAAGUUGUAACAAAUUUAGGUUCUGAUUUAAUAUAUAGAACAAGUGAAAACAACACUAAGGUGAGAUGAGUUAGAAAUAUGUUUUUUUUUUUCAGAGACAAUCUGUCUGCUUUCCUUUAAUUUAAUUGUUUUGGUAUUGAGGCAAUCAUAUUGUUAGCCUAUUGCCAGAGAGUGGCCAAUAGAUUCAGAGAAGGUUGAACAUUAGUGCCUCUCUCAGUUUCGUCAAAGAAUAAGAGGGGAAAAAAUGACCGACAGACAAUAAUUUACAACUGUAUCUGUAUCAAUAAGAGGGAGUCAAAGGUAUAUUUUAUAGUUUUUUAAUUAGUUUUGCCUUUUUUUCAUGAUAUUCUUCAAAGUUUGAUUGUUUGUGACAUUUGUUUUCAGCACAAAUAUCAAGAGACAGCCUCCUUUAAUUAUGUAGAAUCAUCCACAGUGUAUGGUGGAUUAUAGAUAUUCUAUAUUUCCAAUGUACCAAGAACAUUCAUAUACACUGCCAAGCAAUUGUCCAUAAAAACUGGAUGGAAUCUGCGGGAAACUUGUGGUUAACUAUAUGUAGCAGUGGACACAGUGAAAUACUUCUACAUCGCUGUAUUGCACACCUUAGGAUUUACUGGCUUUUGAGGUGCAUGAGUUGUGUGAUUUUAUCAUUUACUAAUUUUUACACAUCAAAUUUCAGGAACAACAAGAAUUAAGUUCCACCAGUUAUCCAGAGUACUACAUAGAUCAGUUGAAGAGCCUCCAAUCAGUAAGUCCUACAUGAAAGUUGUUUGUAUAUUCACACUUACCUCUCAACACAUAGGCAUCAGUCACGACUUUGAUGUUCACCUUUGACCUUGUUAUUACUAGUACGGCAUUUUUAGGGUGCUGGACUUUGAGGCGGGCAGUCUGGGUUUUAAGACUGGCUUGGGUGGUUGUUUUGUUGUCUUGAGAAAAACACUUCACUUUGACAGUGCUUCUGGUAAACUGUCUUGAAGCUGAGCAAAAUGUAGAGGGGGGAGGGUAGGGCCUGUAAUGAACUAGCAUCUUAUCCAUGGGGAGUGGCAUAACUCUUAGUUGCUUCUUGUCGCAGAAAUGGGAAGAAGGUUGGGGAGUGUGGGUCAAUUGGUCUGAUGGCAGAUGGCACUUUUUUUUGGUACAGAUUUACAUUUUUAAGAGUGAGGAGGAGAUAGAGACACGAGCAAAACUCGUAGAUGGACUUAAGACUGCACUUCGUACUCAACCCUUGAGGUGUGUAUGUCCAUUAUAAUGAAAAUAAUUUUAGUAAGUUUAUUUUAAUCUUGGCUUAUAUGUGUAGUAGAACAAUUUUAAACAAUGAGGCCUGAUUGUUUUUUUGUUUGUUUUUGUUGCAGAUUUGUUCAUAGGUUUAUCGAAUUAGAAGGUUUAAAUUGUUUAUUAGAUUUCUUAGAAAAUAUGGACUAUGCGACAAGGUACAGUUCAAUUUUCUAUUCUACAGGUCGUUAUUUGUUUCUUUAGACUGAUUAUUAACUUUGUGUAGUAUUACAAGGGCAGGGGAUGGCAUUCUUUGCACAAAUAUGGCAGCUUUUUGUACUAUUUAUUCAUUCUUUGUAAACUUUCUUGUAUAGGUUCGGGUUCAUUUAUUUAACUGUACUCCAAUGAAAUUCUUUUUUUUCUUUCCAGUCAAAGUAAAAUUCACACUGCAGCAAUAGGAUGUUUUAAAGCACUGAUGAACAGCUCAGUGAGUAUCACUACUGACAGUAAUCUUUAUAUAACCUUUUUUCACCUGAAGGAGUGAUGGACAUGUAAUAUCUCCUUACAGUAUCCUUGCAUUGCUAAGGAGAAGCUGUUUUAAGAGUUAAAUACAUCAACUAGAGAAUAUUGCCUGAUUUAAAACCAAUUUCUCAGGAGUGCAAUUAUGAGAACUGUGUGACUAACAGUAAGGGGCAGACUGGCAGAUAGUGAGUUCUUUGGAGUGAGUGGGCUGUCGCAGUUUACUAAAAAUCUCCUUGCAUGAUUGUUGGUUAAAACAUAUCUUUCCUUCUCUUAUAGCAUGGAAGAGCACAUGUGUUGGCACACCCAUCAUGUAUAAAUGUCAUUGCUCAAAGUAUGAGUACUGAAAAUGUCAAAACUAAAAUACAAGGUAGGCUUAUAAAACAGGUGCAAGGGUAUAACUGUUGUUAAAGAAUUUAUAGCCUGUACAUUGAGCUAUGUAUAGUAUUUUAGCUAGUUUACUUUUCUUAGAAGAGUUUAAGAUUGAUUGCCAAGAUGAACACGAAUUGGCGUUCUCAAGUUUCUUCUGGCUGGUAAUUUUCAGUCCAAUUGCAGCAAUCUUGCUCAAAGUUAUUAAGCCUGGAUUUCUUUCCUCUCUGUAGCAUAGUCUUUAUCCCACUGUUGGGAAGGGAUGGAACUCAUUUCUUGAACCGGAUUGUGUUAACGAUUCUAUGGGUAAAUGGAACACAUCAAAGCUUUACUUACAAAAAAGGAGGGGAGGGGUAGUAAGAGUGAGUUGGCAAUAACUGGAGCAGUCUUGCAAGGCUCAUAUGAAGAGGCCCUUACAUAUAUAUAAUUUUUUUAUAUGCACGUAGUAGAUGCCAAAAUGGAUUUUGUGCAUACAUGUAAAUGUGAUGAUCACAGACUUACAAUGGUGGACUUGAACAUGUGUCUCUCCUUGCAGUGUUAGAAAUCCUUGGCGCUGUCUGUUUGGUACCUGGUGGUCACAAGAAGGCACUGGAUGCCAUGACUCACUUUCAAAGGUUCAAUGAGGAACGAACAAGAUUCCAGGUGAGUUUAUCUUUGGUUUAUGGACUGUUCAUCUUGAGAAAACAAUAAAAAAAAAUUUCUUUCAUUUCAGACAUUGAUCAAUGACCUAGAUCGUACGACUGGGCAAUACAGAGAAGAGUUUAACUUGAAAAUAGCCAUUAUGUCAUUCAUCAACGCAGCUCUGAAAUAUGGAGCAGGAGCGGUACGUCCAUAGUACUUGUCAUAGCGAUAAAAUUUUAAUUAAUUGUUAGAAUGCUUUCAUGGUGGUGUAAAAGUUACUUCAGAAUUCCAAAACUUGGUUGAUCUAUGAGAAUGAUUGGAUUUUUAAAGUUCGAAAACACUAGAAAAUUGCACUGUAUGCGUUUAGUUGGUCAUAGGAUCAACCGGUUAUAUUUAAAAUAAUUUAUAACACCACGUCCGUGCCCCGGCCUUAACAUGUUUGAAAAACAAAUCGAUAGUCCUCGCAGUUAUUUUCCUAUUAUUUUUCGGUCAGAGUAGAACAGUGUGGUGCGGGAAGGUAGACAGUUAACUCUGUUUUCAAAAGGACGAGACAUCAUUCAGAAUGUUUGACUAGCACUGAUUGGAAUCUCUGUUUUUCACAGCAGUCCUGAGCCAUGUUGACUCAAUAAUUUUAACGACGGUGCAUUUCUUAGCGAGAGCUUGUGUAAUUAUCUAAGUAACUCUUUUUUCCCCACAGGAACAUCUCGAAUUUCGUAUUCAUCUUCGAUUCGAGUUCCUUAUGCUAGGAAUUGAGCCAGUCAUUGAGAAGCUGCGCACUUUGGAAAAUGCAACUCUCGACAGGUUUGUCUUAAUUGACUCGUCGGCAACCACAGUGUAAUUAAGACUCCGCAAUGCAAAGCCAAUUUCUGCAAACUUUCAAUGAAAGUUUAGAACCAACUGCACGUCGUCAACAGAGAAGCAUCGCUCUCAUCCUAGAAUAUAUAUCUCAACACUACUGUGCCAAUUUGUUCGUUUGACAAUUUUGUGUUUCAAUGUCAGUUGACUUAAGAAAAGUAGUGAACUUAUUAAAGCAUGUAUUUCACAGUGAAAGUACAAAUUAUGAAACAAACUUUCAAAAUUAGGAAUGAUGAAAAAUAGUUAUGUUUCCUUUUGAAAACUGUGAUAACUUUGCCGCUUUAUCUUUAAAAUUCAAUUCACCUCUAUGUCAUGCUAUGUUUUCCAGGCAUUUUAACUUUUUUGACAUAGUAAGGCUUGAUGAUGAAAAAGAACUUUCCAAGAGAUAUGGAAUGGUAAGUAUCUGAUUACUUCUUGUAAAUGUUCGAGUACUUUGUAAUAUUUGCAAAAAAAGUACCAACAAUGUAUUGAAAUGUUUCUGUUUUUGCAGCCUUACAUUGAUCUAAGAAGUGCGAGCUGUAUGUUUGAUGUUCUUAGAAGGAAAUUGUGCACAACAUCAGCUUAUCCACAUCUGUUGUCAAUUCUUCAUCAUUUGCUCCUGGUUACGAGUAAGUCUGGAUUAUUUCAGUUUCAGAUCGUUAUCAACGUUGUAGUUCUUUAUCACGACCAUUCUAGUUAUCAUUAAUGCCAACCAUCAUUGUCACAAGAUAACUAUCGAUUUAAUUACAUCUGUAGUUUUGUUGAAAGUUUGUUUUACUUACAAUUAGGAGCUUAAGCGUGAGGCUGACGGCAAACGGCGACUAUUGAUGAAAUAUUUGCUGUCAGUUACAAGCCGUUGCACGUGUAAUGCGUGGGAAUUGCACGUACGUCAAGUGCCUGUAAUGCUGCAAUACACGUUAACGGUUCUGCACACACAGGGUAAGCAAUCACUCGCAUUUGCGCAUGAGCACAGCGUCACAAGCAAUGUCUUUUUGUUAUUGAAGAUGAUCAUGGUGUGGCUCGGAGACUUUGGCAGUUGAUUGAUAGAGUCGUUCAGCAAAUCUCUGUCCAGGAAGAUGACGGUAGUGACCCGGAUGUGGCACCAUUGGAUAUUAAUGUGAAUUACAUUCUAGACACGUGAGUGGAGGGAUUUUUUGAGCACGCUGUACUGGCCUACAUGUCUUUACUAGUCUUUUCUUUUCUUGUUAACAUUCUUCAACAUUUUUAAAACUUUUUUUUUCGGCACAGAUUACUUCAUGAAGACGAGCUACGUAGGGAGGAACUUGGAGAAGAUGGUGAGCCAAUGGAUCAAGUUUUUUUUUCACUUUUUUUUCGUUUAGUACAAUUGGCAAUGCUCAAUGGAUUUUUGUUAGUCGAAAACCUCUGUUCGUGUUCAUGAAUUUUUUUUUAAUAAAAACAUCAUUAUUAUUAUUCUCGCAUGAACAUUUUAAACGGAAUUAGUGGAUUAACGUAAUAGCUAUAACCCCCAAAGAUUUGUGUAAGUAAGGGUGUUUUUUUUUUGUUGGCACAAAUAACUAUUCUUUUGUUUUUGUUACAGUGGAAGGUCUUAAAGCCAAACUCCAGAAGAAAGAAAGAGAAGUGGAUAGCAAAAAAGAAGAACUGGUGAGAGGCGUUCACACCACACUUAGAACAAAAGAGCUAAAGUGGCUUUAUAAUCACAAUGCAUGAUAUCUUUCUCAGUGAAACCAAUCGGGCGUUUGUCUCUAGGGUAUUAGAAUUAUCACCGUACCUUUUCAGGAGAGGGGCUAAUCAGUAUUUUCCCUUCAGAGACUAGCGUUGCUUGCGUUGGGGCGGUGCUACUGAGAGUUACUACAGUAAGCGAGCCACGAGAGAUUGAAACUUCGGACCUUGCACAGAGCAUUUCUUCGGCACAGGGACUCCACUAAGUCGAAAAGAUAGCUGCAUUUAAAAAAAAAAUAGCUGCACUUACAUCCUGACUUGUUGUAGUCCACUUUAAUUGCAAUUUGCAUUGUUCCGUAGGAAGAACUUAAGGAGGCAUUUGAUAAAAUGUCUGUGAAACUCGAAAGAGAAUCCCAGGAAAGAGAGGAAGCCAUGCAACAGAUCCGUGAACAAGAAGCCAAACUUAAUGAGGCGAAAGCCAAGGUGAGAUUAGUUCUUUGUUCUGCGCUUACUCCUGGGAAGAAACCGUAUACAGAACAAGCCACAUCAGUGUACGUCUCAAAUAUUGUUCAAUGUUGACAAACUAAUUCAGUAAACUCACCACUCGUUACACCUUACUCCAUACUACGACGACUGUUUACAACUCUCAUCAACGUUUUUCCUCAAAGAUUGAACUUGAAGGCCAAGAAAGACUCAAGCUCGAAGAAAUCCUCAAAGGUGUUGGUGGAUCAAUACCAGACGACGCCAAGAUCUCCAACCUCACCAGUGCAGCUGCUGCCAGCAAGCUAUCACCAAUGCAAGGUGUAUGUCCUCCACCCCCUCCUCCCCCGCCACCAGGAGGGCCUGCUGCACCACCACCACCACCUCCGCCCCCUCCGGGAGGAGCUCCUCCGCCACCUCCCCCACCUGGUGGUUUUCCAGGCAGUCCAGCCCCUCCCCCACCUCCCGGUGGCAAGUCCGAUGGUGGGUUCUUCGGGUUUAGCAAGCAACCGAACAGGAAGGCACCAAAACCAUCUCAGCCACUCAAGUCCUUCAAUUGGGCCAAAUUACCGGAUGUAAGUGGCUUUCUUGUACGUUAAGUAAUGCUCCAAAAAACUUGUAGACGCGGUGGCUUAGAGAUUAGUGCGCUGGACUUGGGAUCUAAAGGCCUGGGCUCGAGCCUGGAGGGUCACUGUGUUAUGUUCUUGGGCAGGACACUUUGGGCACAGGACACUUUCACAGUCUCUCUCUCGACCUUGGAGUAUACCAUGUAAAUGGGUACAUGUAGCGUUUAAUUGUCUCCGAAACCUGUAAAAUAUUAAACGGUUACUUGCAACGAGGUAGCUCAGUUCCCACUUAGUACCCAGAGACAUAGUUGAAGCUGGUUACAUAGGAGACUUUCUAGAAAAGGGCUUUAAAUGUGUCUUCAGGAUUUUCGAAAAUGGUUACCAGGUGUUAAUUGUAGAAAGGGGAAAUUUCGUUAAUGCAAAAUCUGUUGAAAAGGUCGGCCGUGCAUGAACAAAUUGCAUUGACAAUGAUCGUAAAAUUCGUUCAUGUUUCUUGUUCUUCAUUUUCAGUCUAAAAUAAAAGGAACUGUGUGGACUGACAUUGAUGAUGCGAAGGUAACAAUUAAUUGCCCAUGAUUAAUUAAUAAUACAGCAAUUUAAAGAUAAAAUGGCGUCAUCCUGUUUAGAAAGUAAUGGUAACUUGCUACUUCUCAUAUAUAUUUGCUGCUAGUCUUAAGAGUUUAUUACCGAGCUUGGAAGUUGAAUAGUUUAGCCAGUACUAUAGUCGGGCUGCAACAAGAAGAUGCUUAGUCCGUUGACUAAUGCGUAUGUACCGCUGGUUUCCACCCAAAAUUCACUUUCCUUUUAUAUUUAUGUCAGUUUUAAUCACAUUGAAUUACUUGUAUUGUUCAGGUGUAUGCUGUCAUGGAUUUUGAAGAUUUUGAUAGAAUGUUUUCUGCUUAUCAAAGGAAAGAGGUAUAGAUUAUUAUUAUUAUUAUUUGACAUCAAACAAAGAAAUUGAAGUUGAGCGUGCAUUUUUAUUAAUCAUCGAUGAUCGUAUGUCAUUUCAUUGUUUUUAUUCUUUUAUUUCAUUUUAUUUACGAUAAAUUUAGAAAGACCACAAGGACAGUGCAGAUAGUGUUUCAAAACCAAAAGAGAUGUCACUUAUUGACAGCAGACGCGCUCAGGUGUGUAUUGAUUAGUGCAGUAAUUCUCCUCUAAAGAUGCUUUAUGUUUCCCUCAAUAUGACUGGUGAGAAUCGAAUGAACCAUUGACGAAUCGAUCAGCUUGAUGCACGAAUUUAUUUUUUAUUUUCAACAUCGUAUUUAGUAUUCGUAAUUUAAGGAGAACUUGAACUUUUGUCAGUUCUUGAAAAGAUUUUCAGGUUGUUGAAGAAAAUGGGUGCUAUAUUAUCAUGAAACUUCUUGUGAAAUACAUGUUGUCAAUGAAAGUGUUAAAACUGAAGUAUUUGACUUCUUUAGAACUGCGGCAUUCUGCUCUCGAAGCUGAAGAUGACGGAUGAAGAAAUAACUAAAGCAAUUCUUUCAGUGGAUGCGAAUGACGAGCUGUCUAAAGAUAUGGUAGAACAGGUAUUAGGAAAAAGUUUUUUUUUAAAACUAAAAAUUUCAAAAAAAUCAUGAGUAAACAAACAUGUUGAACUUAUGUCACAAACGGUGGCCAAAAGAAUGGCAAGUUUCGAUCUAACGGUUGAAUGAAGCUUAUCAAAAAAGAGGGAAAUGUCUUAAGGAGAUAAAAACACUGCAGAAAGCGCGGGAAAACGCGAGUGACCAAGUCGCGUUUGGUUUUUUUGUUUUUGCUUCUGAUUGGUUUAGAGGGUGGCACUAGUUUUCUGGACCAAUCACAAAGCGAAGCAAGGCAAAUGAAUUAAACUUUGCCUCAUAGUCAGGUGGACGUUUGACCAGAUUUGUUUAUGUGUUUUAUUUUUUAGCUUCUCAAGUACGUCCCAACAUCAGACGAGAAGAAUCUUCUCAAUGCGCACAACAAAGAAAUCGAACAAUUUGCUCGCGCAGAUAGAUUUUUAUAUGACAUGUCAAGGUAUGUUCUGUGGUUCUAAGUUUAUCUUUAUAUUAAUCGAUAAAACUUUGUCUUUCAUUUACGUUUGCCUCUUUGAAAACGUUGCAGAAUUGUCCACUACGAGCAGAGGUUAAAGUCGUUGUUUUACAAAAAGAGAUUUCCCGAGAGAAUGGGCGAAGUUAAACCGAAGGUACAAGGUGAGGGAAUGCUAUGCUGGCUUUUAAUGUUAUAUCAUUUCCUUCAUAUCAGUAUUUGAAUCCAUCAGUUUUAUGAAUGAGAAAAUUUUUUUCCUCUGGAAUAAGUCAGUAGAAAAGAAGUAGUGUCAGAAGUUAUACGCAAUCAGCACGAAAGAUCACCAUAGUUCGCUCAAAAUAUUGCAAGAAUUCUCCUAGAACAAUAGACGAGCUCCGACGCUGUUCGUUUAGUAGAUUCCCUUUGCACAGCUUUGACAGGUUGGCGAUAAGUUCAAUCAGAUGAGUGGCAGUAAAAACGGUAUAAUGGUGUUUGUUUGUUUUCGCUUCCUUUGUCGUUGUCAAACUCUUGCACAAUGUUGUUUUGAGCAUAGAAACCGAGAUAUUAAAACCUGGGAGAAAGUGUCAAUUGUUUUGAAUGUAAUUUUUUUCCCGCAGCUGUGUUGGAAGCAUCCAAAGAACUUCAGAGAAGUAAAAGACUUAGAAUAUUACUGGAAGUUGUUUUAGCGUUUGGUAAUUACAUGAACAGAGGAGCAAGAGGAAAUGCUGCUGGUGAGAUACCAUAGUUUAGCUGAAGGUUAUAGCUUUUUGGUUAAAAUGACAUUCCAAAAAAGGCGUUGAAAAUUGUAAAACCACUGAAGAUAAAAAUUCGAAGUCAAUUUUAACCAGUUCCAAAAUGAAAGUUUCAGUUAGUCAGUUAUUGUUUCAGCCCAGAAAACGCUUACUGUUUUGUUUUGUCAGGUUUUAAGCUGGGCAGUCUAAACAGAAUAAUGGACACCAAGUCAAGCUCUAAUUCAAAAAUAACUCUCCUUCAUUACCUGAUUAUGGUUCUGGAAAGAAAGGUAAGUUUCUCACAUAAGGAUUUAUUAAUCCAGAGUCAUUAACUCCCCUUCCUCCCCCCUCCCUUUAACAAAAAGCCAAAAAAUGUUUGAAGCUUACGUUAAGAGAGCAUGUGCACUGGUUUUCGUAAUUUAGUAAGCGAAUGGAAUCCAAAAUUGAACUGUUUUUACUCGCUGUAACAAGUUUCAUUAUAUGAUAGCGGAGCUCGCACAGCGUAGCCCCAUAAUUAUACUAAAUAGUAGUAACCCAUCAAGCCGAAAAAAUUUGGAUGUACGACCGUACGAUCGUAAGACCGUACAAGGUGCUACUUUUAACAUGCGUGGUCAACUGUACUGCGGGCACGCCAACGCCACGGCUUUGUUCAGUAGUCCAGUGGUCAGUGCACUGGGCUCUUAGUCGGACGACCCGGGUUCUAGUCCCGGCCGGGGCAAGGCGUUGUGCCCUUGAGACGUGUGGGAAAAAAAAUGCGAGCUCCGCGUUUAGGCCUGUCUAAAUCUAUAUAUUAUUGUUUUAAGAAAAAGCACCUCUUAUUUACAGUAUCCUGAGGUACUCAAGUUAGAAGAAGAACUAGCACACGUGAGGACAGCUGCAAAAGUCAAGUGAGUUCUACACCGUUUUUCGGUGUUGUGUUUUUCGGAUUUAUUCACCAGGCCAGUUUGUCUUGGGGAGAUUCGCGGUUGUUACGAAUUUUAACAACCUAGCUAAACACCUUACCGUCUUUGAAAUAAUCUUUAUUCCAUUUCAGUUUGGGUGAGUUGGAGAGUGAAUCAGCUGCCAUAAAAAAAGAACUCAAAGAGGUUGAGAAGGUAAAUUGCCCUUUAUACAAGUCUAUUCGCUCUUGAAGUUGGGUAUGAAUUAUUUGUGAAUCAAAUUAUCAACUUGUUUCGUAGGAGCUGGAAUUUCAGCAGAAGAAGAAAGAGCGAAUCCACAGCGACAAGUUUGUGGAGGCGAUUGGCUCUUUCGUGAAAGUUGCACAGUUCUCGCUCUCUGAAUUGGACGAAUCUUGGAAAGAUAUGAAGCAAAAGGUUAAAUUUUGAUUGUGUAGAGCGUUCGGUUAAUCAGCUGACAUACCUGUCAAUCAUUUACAGAUAGAGAGCUUUUCGAUUGGCAUCGUAAAACCAAACCUAAAGUAACUACCAAUUAGAGAACAGGGAAGAACCUUGAAGAGCCAAUGAGAAUUCAAGGGAAAAACAAGGAAACCGCCUAAAGCGCGGGAAAACUCGGUUGACCAAGUCGUUAUUGGGUUUAGUUUUCUAUCUGAUUGAUUGAGAAGGAGCUGCGAGCUUUUCUUUUUCACCAAUCAUGGAGUCGGUGAAGCAAAACCAAUACAAUUCCAGAUAACAUUUGAAACUCAAUUGAAAAUUGGUCUAGCUUGCUAUUUGGGAAAGGAAUUAGCUCAGUGGUUUAUUCAACAGUCAGCUGUUAAGUACUUAUGUAAUUGCGCUAACAAACGUUCCUUUUCAAACAACAAAGCGCCUAAUUCCUGUUACUGCUUCUUCAGUACGCCAAGGCAGUGUCCAUGUUUGGUGAGGAACCAAAACAGCUUCAGUCCGACGAAUUUUUCGGUCUGUUUUCAGCAUUCCUGGUUUCAUUUGCGGUAAGUUUUUUCUUUCUUUCUCUAGCCAACUAGGGGAAGCUAGUGCUGUUUUUACAUUCCAUACCAGGUGGGCCAAGGCGAAAUUUGUAACAGUAAAGAUGUGUUUUGUUGUUUUGACCAGAGAAGGAUAAAAUUGAUGUGAUAGCUGACACCCUGGCUUCACUGCACGAGGGGCGUUUUAAUAAGAGUCAGGGUAUUUUCUUGUCUUACAGGAAGCAAAACAUCAGAAUGAGGAAAUGAAGAAAAGGAAGGAACAAGAAGAAAGAAAAGCGCGAGUAAUGGCUGAGGUAAAACAGAUUUUUUUUUUGAAAUCCCUUGCUUUUUUUAAUUUCUGUGGACUGGAUUAACGUUUUUGACUCCGACAUGAGAUGAGUCCUGGUUCAAACCAAGCUUUUGCAAUUCACAUUAACGCAGAAAUGAAAGUCAGAAAUUUUCCAUACAUUUGCUCAGAUAAAUAAAGCUAUCUAAACUUACUAAAUAAAAGAUUCUUAUUUAGGGGUAUAAUUGUGGGUUUUAAAUUAGGAAACGUAGAUUUGACAGGAAAGGUGGUUUUAACUCCGAUGCAGCUGUUAUUGACGAAAUAACUUUUUCCCUAUAAGAUUCAGAACGUUGUGUUUUUAUUUUUAGCAAAAGGAAAGAGAUCGGCAAAGAUCAGCGGCUAAGAAAGUCAUUCAUAGUAACCAAGCACCGGAAAAGAAUAGUAAAAAGAUGAGCACAGCUGGAGAUAAUCGCGGCGAAUUCGACGAUUUAAUCUCCGCCCUACGAACUGGAGAUGUGUUUGGAGACGAACUCAGUAAAAUGAAGGGUCGUAGACGUACAGCGCCUCCGAAGCAGGCUUGGCGCGUUGAAAACGGUUCCGAACGUGAACGAGCUUCUCCGAGAGCUUCACCAAGGAUACCACGAAAGAAUUAAAUACUGCGAACAGUCUUCUCUGCGCAUGGUUCUCGGACAAUAGAACGCUGUUCGUAUUUCGCUGACAAAGGGUAAUUCUGUGUACGUAAAUUUGGAUCAGGGUGUUUAGAGAAACAUAGUAGUGUCGCGUUGUGUAAGUUUGGUAGUUACGUAUUUUAUUUGAAAGCGAAAUACGGCAGCUUUACGGAAUGUCAUUAUCUCCAAGGAGAAAUAAAAAUUUACCAGAGACAGUCAAUAGAGUUCUCAAAAUGAAGGAAAAAUUAAAACACAAGACUCAAGAGUAAAUUUCUCGAAGAAAUUUAAAAGGAGUGAAAAAAAAUACUCUCUUAAUUACUGAAACCAAGUUGAGGCUAUCAAGUUUUAACUUCCAAGAAAGUCCUUCGUAAACUAAAUUUUAAGGCGUAGUUCUAUAAAUUGCGCAUAACUCGGUGCAAUUUGGGGUGAAGAUGAAAUGAAAACACUAAUAUGAUGUGUUAGCAAUAAUAUUUACCUCACAGGAGACUAGAUUUAAAUUUUUUAAAUUUAAUUUCUUGGAAGUGUUUAAGCAAAAGCAAAACAGAGCUCAUAGCCGCCAGGACAUCCGUGCCGUUGUGUUCAGUCCUGCGCCGGUUUCCCAGCCGAAGCCUCGUAGUUUCUUUGCUAUAUAGAGUAAGCAGUUGAGUAAACAACGUCACAAGAGCCCUUUAAGCGUCUCGAAGAAGGCUGUACGUGGUGAAGAGUUAGUAUUUUUCUUUGCUUGAGUAAUUUAAUGCAUAAUUUCAAAGUUAUUGUAGAGUCUGUCAAAACAAGGGCGCGUUUUAGACAGACAAACAGCUUUGUUUCCCGAAGUUUUCAUUAAUUGUGUGCCCAAUUAAUUUUAGUGUAGUAUUUUUUUAAACUUACAGCUCGCAGUUGAAAGGCUCUUGCAUGGCUGUGAGUAAUUUGUUCCGAUAGAGAUGAAACUCUCGCAAACAUGUUUUUUUGUCAGAGAAUGACGUUAAUUCUUCUCCCAAUUCGUAACUUGUUUAGGUAGUUCAACGGACUGGCAAUUUGUUAAACUGGUUUAAAAAAUGGCUGUCGAUUGUGCGCGAAUUUCCCGCCUGAACUGCGUGGCAACAGCUGACCAAACUAUUGCCGUUCUGGUUUUUUCCCCGAGUUAUUCUACACAUGUCGUAAAGUGUACCAAAAUUCAAUAGAUAAAUAUAUAUUAAAUCAUAUUGUAACUUAAAUUGAUUCCAAGUUUUGUUAAUGAUUUAGCUCGAAUAUUAUAUUAUGACUUGAGUUAGCAAUUCGCUCUGGAAAUGUUGGCUAAUUCAUUUGAUUGAGUAGCAUUGCUAUAGAGCUGUUUUCGAAUUUCUGUAUAGAAACAGACUGAAGUGAAUAAUUUCAUUUGAGUUCUUUCCUCCUUGCCGUUCAAUGGUGGUGUUUUAUCAUUUGUACGUAUUUAGGC